AUGUCUGGAAAAGAAAGGCUAGCGAUUUUCCCUUCUCGGGGUGCUCAGAUGUUGAUAAAGGCUCGUCUGGCUGGAGCACAGAAAGGCCAUGGUCUCUUGAAGAAGAAGGCUGACGCCCUCCAAGUGAGGUUCCGUAUGAUUCUGAGCAAAAUUAUCGAGACAAAAACUCUUAUGGGUGAUGUGAUGAAAGAGGCUGCAUUCUCGCUUGCCGAGGCUAAGUUCACAACAGGAGACUUCAACCAGGUUGUGCUGCAAAAUGUCACUAAGGCUCAAAUCAAGAUCCGCUCAAAGAAAGACAAUGUUGCUGGUGUGACCCUCCCAAUCUUCGAGUCGUACACUGAUGGUACGGACACAUAUGAACUGGCUGGUCUGGCCCGAGGUGGUCAACAGCUCACCAAGCUGAAGAAGAACUUCCAGAGUGCUGUCAAAUUGCUGGUCGAGUUGGCCUCACUACAGACUUCUUUCGUGACCCUCGAUGAGGUCAUUAAGAUCACCAACAGACGUGUCAAUGCUAUUGAGCAUGUAAUCAUUCCCCGACUGGAGCGUACUCUCGCUUACAUCAUCUCCGAGCUGGAUGAGUUGGAACGUGAGGAGUUCUACCGGCUGAAGAAGAUCCAGGACAAGAAGAAGAUCAUCAAGGAGAAGGCGGAAGCGCGUAAACAAGCGGCACUGCUUGCCGGCCAGGACUUGGGCGACGCAGCCAACUUGCUGGAUGAAGGCGACGAGGACCUGCUGUUCUAG